AUGAGAGACUUUGAGGAGAUCACGCUGUGCCCCGAGGCGCUGGACUGCAGCAAGACCGAGUUCUGCAACCCUGUCUUUGAGGGCAAGGAGACUCCAGCAGCGUCACUUGCUGAGCACCCACCCCAUGGAGAGGAGGAGGAAUUGCCUCGGGACCACCCUGAGGGCCAGCGGCACUGGGGCCAGUACCGGUCUGACUGCAGGUUCACCUGGCUCUGUGUGGCACUGAUGAGCGCCUUGCUCCUCUUCCUCAUCGCCCUUCUGUUGGGCAUCGUCAUCCACCGUUGUGGUGGGACCCUGAGGGGUCCCGAGGGCACCUUCAGUUCGCCCAACUACCCGUCGCCCUACCCGCCCAACGCCCUGUGUGUCUGGCGCAUUGAGGUGGCACCGGGCCUGGGCAUCCAGCUGCAGGUGGAGGCGUUCAGUGUGGAGGGCACAGCGUCCUGCCUCUUCGACCGCCUGGAGCUCUACGAGGAGCCGUCGGCAGAUGGUAGCUCUGGUGCCCCAGCUCGGGGUGGCAUGGCCAGGUUUUGUGGCACCGUGGCCCCCCCGACCUUCAACACCGAUUCCAACCAGCUGCGGGUCACCUUCGUCUCCGACAGCAGUGUGGGUGCUCCAGGCUUCAGUGCCCGCUACCGUGCCGUGGCCCCCAGUGAGAAGAGCUGCGCCUGGGAUGAGCAUUUCUGCGACCAAGGGCUCUGCCUGCAGCUGGGAUUCGUGUGCGACGGCUUCCACGACUGCGCCGACCGGAGCGAUGAGGCCAACUGCAGCCUGAAGCACAAGGAGUGCGGGGGGCCACUGACUGCCUUGGAGGGACAUUUCUCCACUCCCAGCCAUCCCCAGCCAUACCCACACCAGCAGCUCUGUCUCUGGCAGAUCUCAGUGCCCCUGGGCCACAUCAUCGACCUGCACUUCCACAACUUCAGCCUGGAGCCGCACGAGGACUGCAGCUUUGACUUUGUGGAGGUGCACGACAGUGCAGGCACUGGGGCCCCUAGCCUCAUGGGCAGGUUCUGUGGCCACCAGUUGCCACCCGUCCUGACCUCCUCGCGGCACGUCAUGACCGUCCUCUUCGUGGCAGACGAGGGGGUGGCAGAUGACGGCUUCUUUGCCACCUAUCAAGCCCGCAAUGCCACAGAGAAGACCUGCAGCCCGGCAGAGUUCUCCUGCGGGAACGGUGAGUGCCGGGUGCUGGAAUCCGUGUGUGAUGGCUGGCACGACUGCCCUGACGGCACCGACGAGCUGAACUGCACUGGCAUGUCCUAUCCAGCCUUUGGGUCUGUCUGUGAGCCCUUGGAGGUGGAGAUGUGCCUGGGCCUGAGCUAUAAUACCACAUCUUUCCCCAACAUCUGGCUGGCGAUCCCCGACCAGGCGGGAGCUGCCGAGGUGCUGCAGGACUACCAGAUGCUCAUGGAGCUCGCGUGCUACCAGCACCUCCGCCCCUUCAUCUGCAGCCUCUUCGUGCCCAAGUGUAUACCAGACGGUGGCGUCCUGCAGCCCUGCCGCACCGUGUGCCUGUCCGCCGAGCAGCGGUGCCAGCAGUCCCUCAGCCUCCUCGGUAUCCUCUGGCCCAUCAACUGCAACAUCCUGCCUGAUUCCAGCGACCCUGUGGAGUGCUUCCAGCCCUGA